ACAUCAAAGCGGCCGCCAGACACACGCCCCAGUACCUCAGUCUCCACACAAAACCCGGCAGGAAGCUCGCUCUUCAGGGUACGGUCUGAGGACUGGAGUUUGCACCACGAACUUGGCUUCAAGGACUUGCCUUUCUUCUUCAUUUACACUCAUGCCCAUCACCGCUUUGUCUGCUGCUAGAGAAACAGUGCUGGGUCAGUCAUUGAAGCCCCCUGUUUGGACACGCUUUUGGGGGCUCUGUUGAGAGCCUGGAGCCUGGGGGUUGGCGUAAUUGUCCUAUCGGGAGCUGGGAAGACACAGCCGGGGGCCCUGGUCAGGGGACACAGCCACAGGGUCCCAGGAUGGCUCCCAAUGGCACAGCCUCUUCCCUUUGCCUGGACUCCACUGCGUGCAAGGUCAGCCUCAGCGUGGUCCUCGCGGUUCUCAUCCUCAUCACCGUCGCCGGCAAUGUGGUGGUCUGCCUGGCCGUGGGCUUGAACCGCCGGCUCCGAAACCUGACCAACUGCUUCAUCGUGUCCUUGGCCAUCACUGACUUGCUCCUCGGCCUCCUGGUGCUGCCCUUCUCGGCCAUCUACCAGCUGUCCUGCAAGUGGAGCUUCGGGAAAGUCUUCUGCAACAUCUACACAAGCCUGGACGUGAUGCUGUGCACGGCCUCCAUUCUCAACCUCUUCAUGAUCAGCCUCGACCGCUACUGCGCCGUCAUGGACCCGCUGCGGUACCCUGUGCUGGUCACCCCGGUCCGGGUCGCCAUCUCCCUGGUCUUGAUCUGGGUCAUCUCCAUCACCCUGUCUUUCCUGUCCAUCCACCUGGGGUGGAACAGCCGGAACGAGACCAGCAAGGGCGACCAUGCCGCCCCCAAGUGCAAAGUCCAGGUCAACGAGGUGUACGGGCUGGUGGACGGGCUGGUCACCUUCUACCUGCCCCUGCUGGUCAUGUGUGUCACUUACUACCGCAUCUUCAAGGUCGCCCGGGAUCAGGCCAAGAGGAUCAACCACAUCAGCUCCUGGAAGGCGGCCACCAUCAGGGAGCACAAAGCCACGGUGACGCUGGCUGCCGUCAUGGGGGCCUUCAUCAUCUGCUGGUUUCCGUACUUCACCGCGUUCGUGUACCGCGGGCUGAGAGGGGACGAUGCCGUCAACGAGGUGUUCGAAGCCAUCGUCCUGUGGCUGGGCUACGCCAACUCAGCCUUGAACCCUAUCCUCUAUGCUGCCCUGAACAGAGACUUCCGCACCGGCUACCAACAACUCUUCAGCUGCGGGCUUGCCGGCCGCCACCCCCACAAAGCCUCUCUGCGGUCCAGCAACUCUCAGCUGUCCAGGACCCAGAGCCGAGAACCCAGGCAGCAGGAAGAGAAACCCCUGAAGCUCCAGGUGUGGAGUGGGACAGAUGCCACGGCCCCCCAGGGAGCCACAGACAGGUAA